AUGGUCAGUGACCUGCUACGCCACUUAGACUCGCACAAGUCUAUGGGGUUGGAUGGGAUCCACCCAAGGGUACUGAGGGAGAUGGUGAAAGUGCUCACCAAGCCCCUUUCAAUCAUUUAUCAGCAGCCCUGCCUAACUGGGAAGGUCACAGGUGACUGGAAGCUAUCAACUGUGAUGCCCAUCUACAAGAAGGGCUGGAAGGUGGAUCCGGGGAACUCCACGCCUGUCAGCCUGACCUCGGUGACAGGAAAGAUUAUGGAGCAGAUCAUCUUGAGUGCCAUCACGCGGCACGUACAGGACAACCAGAUAAACGAAUUGGUGGAUGCCCGUGAUGUCAGCAUUGGAGCCUGGUUUGAAGCCCAUAUAGAAUAUGUUACUCGAGCAACAAAAGGACAUAAGAAUGGUAAAGCUCAAGUAAAGAGUGGCGAUUCUUACAAAAGGACUAAUGGAAACAUAAGUCAAGAUCAUUCUAGCGAGAAUGCAAAUUAUUUGGACAGUAGACCGUCCACAUCUUACUCAGACUGCAUGAACACUGAUGAAGAAGCUGUCUAUCAUAUCAAGUAUGAUGAGUAUCCAGAGAAUGGCAUAGUAGAAAUGGACACUAAAAAUCUUCGACCACGAGCAAGAACCAUUCUGAAGUGGAGUGAACUAAAAGUGGGUGAUGUAGUGAUGGUUAACUACAAUGUUGAGGCUCCAGAAGAAAGAGGAUUCUGGUUUGAUGCAGAAAUUACCUCUCUCAGAGAAAUUUCAAGGACUAACAAAGAGGUUCAUGCUAAAAUUCUGCUGGGAGGUCCAGAAGAUGCAAUAAAUGACUGCAGAAUCAUUUUUAUAGAGGAAGUGUACAAGAUUGAAAAGCCAGGAGCUUAUCCACUGACAUUUGGAGAUGGAGAUUUCAAAAGAAAGAGUGGUCCUGAAUGUAAGCACUGCAGGGCUGACCCAGAUAAGGAAUGUCGCUUUUGCUCCUGUUACUUGUGUGGUGGAAAACAGGAUGCUCACAUGCAACUCCUUUGUGAUGAAUGUAAUAUGGUUUAUCAUAUAUACUGCCUGAACCCUCCCUUAAGCACAAUACCAGAAGAUGAGGAUUGGUAUUGUCCUUCAUGCAAAAAUGAUUCUAAUGAAGUUGUAAAGGCUGGAGAAAAACUCAAACAGAGUAAAAAGAAAGCAAAGAUGCCAUCUGCCAGUACUGAAAGCCAGAGAGACUGGGGCAAGGGCAUGGCUUGUGUUGGUCGCACUAAGGAAUGCACUAUUGUCCCUUCUAAUCACUAUGGACCUAUACCUGGUGUCCCUGUUGGGACAACCUGGAAAUUUAGAGUUCAGGUGAGUGAAGCAGGUGUUCACAGACCUCAUGUUGGUGGAAUUCAUGGACGCAGUAACGAUGGAGCUUAUUCACUUGUACUAGCUGGAGGAUUUGAAGAUGAAGUGGACCGAGGAGAUGAAUUCACUUAUACUGGGAGUGGAGGUAGAGAUCUUUCUGGAAAUAAAAGAAUUGGAGAACAUUCAUUUGAUCAAACAUUAACACACAUGAACAGGGCACUGGCCCUUAACUGUGAUGCCCCUUUGGAUGAUAAAAAUGGAGCAGAGUCUAAGAAUUGGAGAGCUGGUAAGCCAGUCCGAGUAGUGCGCAGUUCAAAAGGACGACGGAUCAGCAAAUAUGCCCCAGAGGAAGGCAACAGAUAUGAUGGCGUUUACAAGGUGGUAAAAUAUUGGCCAGAAAUUGGAAAAUGUGGGUUCUUAGUUUGGUGCUAUCUUCUGAGGAGAGAUGAUAUUGAACCCCCACCCUGGACUUCAGAAGGGAUGGAACGGUCAAAGAAACUGGGUCUGAAUAUACAGUAUCCAGAAGGUUAUUUGGAAGCUAUGGCUAGUAAAGAGAAAAAGAAUAAGGUUAAGAAGCAAAGUGGGAAGCAAGAGCCAACCAGCCAGAGUAAUGGAAACCAGAAAAGGACAAUUGAUGAUGGUAUAGAGGAGACUAAAAAUACAUCCAAAACCAUGAGAAUGGGAGAUGGAGGGAAAGGAGAAGCUUUCCAACUGACCCAGCAACAGCAGUGGUUGAUUAAAGAGGACUCUAUGAACCAGAAAUUGUGGGAUGAAGUACUUGCUUCUCUUAAGGAAGGACCAAAUUUCCUGAAGAAAUUGGAACAAUCUUUUAUGUGUGUCUGCUGUCAGGAGCUGGUUUACCAGCCAGUGACAACAGAGUGUCUCCACAACGUCUGUAAAAGCUGUUUACAACGCUCUUUCCGAGCUGAAGUUUUUGCCUGUCCUGCCUGCCGCUAUGACCUUGGAAAGAACAACGCCAUGGUUCCUAACAAGAUAUUGCAGACACUACUUGACCAAUUCUUCCCUGGUUACAGUAAAGGACGAUGA